AUGGAAGAGGUGAUUGCAGGAAUUCCCCCUUUGGUUUUGGGAGGAGUUUAUCUGCAACGUGAAGGUGAUGAUGGAGAGCCUCACAGAGGGAAAGAACAGCACAAUCGUAAUACGCAGUGUAAUGUUCUGUUCCGAAAAUCAGAUGAAGUGGAUGGAAAUGAUACAAAGGAAAAGAUCGAAGCUAAACUCCAUUUAUGGUUUAAGCUUCCCAAGAAAGGACAGAAAGCAAUACUUGAAGCAGUGAAGAGGAAGGUAAGCACACGAAAAGAUGUUCUUCCCGUUACCUCCAGAAAGUCCUCAAAUACCCAAGCCAAGAAAAAUCGCUUUGGGUUUAAGGGAUUCAUAAGUUGCCUUCUGUACAGUGUAUUCGAUAUUCCUUCUCAUUAUCACUGCGCUUUGUUCAUAUUGGGUCCUAGUGUCAUCAGAUAUCGAGCACAAACAUUUGCUUCUCAAUUUGUGCUCAAAUUGGGAGACUCCUUCAAGUCGGUGCUGAGCUUGGAGGAAGCAUUCACUGAGUUCUUUCCACUAACCAUAGACAUGAUGACCAUCCUACAGUGCUAUUUGCUGGUUUUGUGGCUGGUUUGGCCUCUGCAUCCUGUUUUGCAGGUUUCCGUCGUGCUUAUGUUGGUUGCUGCACCAUGCUAUUAUAUUCCAGGACUGGUGAACAUGGCAUCAGGGGUUGGUGUGAGUUGGUAUUCCUUCAAGUAG